AUGCAAUCUCGGCUGCUGUGGCCCCUGGAGCAGUGGCUGCAGCAAACGCACCCCGGGCCCCGGGGGCGAGAGGUGCCACCUGCCCAGCCACACCACCUGCGCCACCACUGCCUGCCUUCAUUAAGGCCUCCUCUGGUCGCGCUGCCCUGCUACGGCAGUGCUUUAUUAGAAUUAAUGUGGCACUUCAGAGCAGAGUGUCAGUGUGGUGUGGACCAGGGCGCCAGGAGAGAGUACCGGCUUCAGCUUUGUCACAUUGAAUCAAAGAGCCAGGACCAGCCCCUGGUCCAGAUCAGCGUCGACAGCACAUGA